AGGGGCUGCCCCUCGGCGUGAACCCGUCGGCGCUGCUCAUGGCGCGCGUGCGCAAGGCCCGCGAGAGACUCCAGGGUGGAUACCUUCCAGGGCCCAGCGCCGGGGCGCCGCUGCCACCCAACGGCCAGGCCGACGACGAGCUCCGAGAGGCCGUGGAGCGCUUCCUGGUGUCCAACCAGGUGGACGUGUCCGCGUCCCAGGCGCUGCGCACGGCGCCCCCGGAGGUGCAGCGGCAGGUCCUCGCGGACAAGCCGCUGCAGGGGUGCAACAACCCAUCCGCCGUGUUGAUGGCCAACAUCCGGCGCGCCAUGGGCGUGGGCGGCGUCUGCCUGGGCCCCGCUGGUGGCAUCGCCCCAAGCGGCGGUCUGGGCCCCGGCGCCGCGAUGCCGAUGGCGCCCGCGGGCGGCCUGGACGACGCGGUGGGCCAGUGGGCGGCGCACAACGGCCUUGACGCCAGCGCCGUGGGCUCCCUGCGCACGCUGCCGCCAGAGCUGCAGCAGAAGGUCAUGGACAUGGGGCCUGUCUUGGGAAGGAGCCCGUCGGCCAUCGUGAUGGGACGCAUCAGGCAGGUGCGCGCCAACCCCAACGCCCCCGCCAUCCCGCUCUCGUUCCUGGGCGCCGCCGGGCAGCCCGCGGCCCCGCCGCCGCGCGGAGGGCAGCCGCUGCCGCCCAUGGGGCAAGCGGCGCCGCAAGGGCAGCCGCUGCCGCCCGUGGGGCAGCCGCCCCAAGGGCAGGGCUGGCUGCUGCCCCGGCCCGACGGCGGCCGCGGGGCGCAGCCCGGCGAGGGGCACGACGGCGGCGGCGGCGGCCCGGGCGGUCCCUGCGGUGGCAGCCCAAGCGGACCGUCCAGUGGCGGCUUUGGCGCCUGCGGCGGCGGCUUCGGCCCCUGCGGGGGCAGCCCAAGCGGCCCGUCCGGCGGCGGCUUUGGCGCCUGCGGCGGCGGCUUCGGCCCCUGCGGCGGCGGCCCAAGCGGCCCGUCCGGCGGC